GGGGGGGGGGGAAGAAAAGGGAAUUCCAACCUGUGGAAUCUUGGGGGUCCCCGAGGUCGGCUCCUUCCCUUUGAAACUGUGAAUGGUGCCAGGGACAGAGCCUCUAGCGACUCUUGGGGAAGGGUUUGGGGUCUGCAGGGUGAGGGCGGAGGGGAGUGUCAGAGUGUGAGUUGGGUACGGGAGUUCCAAACUUAGAAUCUUGAGGCCCGCCGGGCUCCGGCGCCGGCGAGAGGGAUCUCGGGCCGCCAUGCGGGACAGGACCCACGAGCUGAGGCAGGGGGAUGACAGCUCGGACGAUGAAGACAAGGAGCGAGUCGCGCUUGUGGUACACCCGGGUACUGCACGGCUGGGGAGCCCGGACGAUGAGUUCUUCCAGAAGGUUCGGACAAUUCGGCAGACUAUCGUCAAGCUAGAGAAUAAAGUCCGAGAGUUGGAGAAGCAGCAGGUCACCAUCCUGGCCACGCCCCUUCCCGAGGAGAGCAUGAAGCAGGACCUGCAGAACCUGCGCGACGAGAUCAAACAGCUAGGGAGGGACAUCCGCGGGCAGCUGAAGGCCAUAGAGCCCCAGAAGGAGGAAGCUGAUGAGAAUUAUAACUCCGUCAACACAAGAAUGAGAAAAACCCAGCACGGGGUCCUGUCUCAGCAAUUCGUGGAGCUCAUCAACAAGUGCAACUUAAUGCAGUCUGAAUACCGGGAGAAGAACGUGGAGCGGAUUCGGAGGCAGCUGAAGAUCACAAAUGCUGGAAUGGUGUCUGACAAGGAGCUGGAGCAGAUGCUGGACAGCGGGCAGAGCGAGGUGUUUGUGUCCAAUAUACUGAAGGACACACAAGUGACUCGACAGGCCCUAAAUGAGAUCUCGGCCCGGCACAGCGAGAUCCAGCAGCUGGAGCGCAGUAUCCGUGAACUUCAUGAGAUUUUCACUUUUUUGGCCACUGAAGUGGAGAUGCAGGGGGAGAUGAUCAACCGGAUUGAGAAGAACAUUCUGAGCUCAGCAGACUAUGUGGAACGUGGGCAGGAACAUGUCAAGGUGGCCCUGGAGAACCAGAAGAAGGCGCGCAAGAAUCAACUGAAGUUGCAACCCGUGGCGCCUACCGGGAUCUGACAGAGACUGUCAAACCGACGCGGAGAUUGCCACGUCUACGCAGCUGGGUGUCCACGUAGGGCAUGUGCCUUCUGCUUGGCAGUGCUGGACAGCGCCACCCCCGAAAGGCUGCUUGUCUCAGGACGCCAUCCAGAACUUCCCAGAAGAGUUGGCUAGACGGCCAAGCAAGGGCUCGGAUGGCGGGUUCAGUAAUUUGAAUUUUUCCGGUGGGCUGUGGGGACCCAUGGAAGGUUUCUGAACAGGUGAGUAGCAGGUUUGGAGCAGACCUAGUAGGCAAGUGGACCCAGGCACUGGAGGUUUUACAAGUUCCCUUGUGUAUACCCCUUCUGUGAGGGAAACCAACCUGAGUGAGGGGCUAUGGGAAGAUUUUUUCACUGAAAUCCUGGCUCGGGUGCUGUCAACCCAACUUUUAAGGAACACGGUCUGCGCGAAUUGUGGCUUUUCCAAAUCCAUCUUGUAUCACAACCUUUCAGCUGCAGCCUUCUCCACUUAUUCCUCACCCACUGAAUAUUUCAUGGUUCAGAUUCUUAAGAAAAGGGACCUGAUUGGUUUAGGUCAGGGUACAUUGACCUACUUGGGAAUUGUCUACCUUGAGUCAAGAUUUUACCCUUGACCAAGGUGUAUGCCUGGAGAAUCCCAGGGACAGAGGAACCUCGUGGGCUACAGUUCAUAGGGUCGCAAAGAGUUGAACACGACUGAAGUGCCUUAGCGCAUACACAGGAUGUAUGAGAGAUGUUACAAGGUACAAAAUGCGUCCGCACAGUGUGUAUGAAGGAAGAAUGGAUGAACUCAGUGAUUGACGUUUCUGGUACAGCCCUGUAGUAGAUUAUAUUGCUGUUCCACAUAUAUGCUGUUCUUCCUAUUGGGCCCCUCACGUGAGGAGGAUUAUACAUUCAUGCCCACUUAAAAUAGGCUUGGCUAUAUAACAUGCUUUGGAAUCUGAGUAGAUAUUAAGACACCACUUCCAAGUAGAAGCUUUAAGCACCAAUGAGUAGUCUGGCAGUUUCCCAUCUCUUUUUCCUCUGCCAUGAACCUGUCAAUUGCCAGAUGAAGACUUCUUCAGCCUGGAACCCAGAAUUAACAGGACAUGAAGCUGAUCUGUAGCCCACCUGUAAAAUGAGGUGUAAUGUAAAUGAGAAACUUCUCCUGCUGGGAGCCACUGAUAUUUGGAGGUUGGCUUUUACCAAAUUAUCAUAAGUCUAGUUCAGCUGUUACAGAACUAGUACCCAGAAGUGAAGUGUUGCUACAAUAAAAAGAAAAACCUGA